GUGAUAAAUCUACUCUAAAAACAGAGGACGACGUCACCUCUGCGCCUCUGAUUUAUUCCAAGUGGGAAAACAAUGAGGUCUCAUCACUCUCACAAGAAACCCGCGCUUCUCCCUCUCCUUUGCGCUGCUGCAUUUUUUUCUCUUCUUGUUUUCGGAAUCCAAUCUUCUUUCUUCGCAGGUCCUAGUGACAAAAAAGUAGAUCUCAGUAAAGAACAAGUGCGGGUAUCUGAUCUCGACACCGAGGAAGUGAGGAUUUUAUCAGACUUUCAGAGCAGCAUUCAACAAUGCGUGGCGAACAGAGGACUUGGACUCACUGCACAUAUUAUCGAUCAUUGCAAAUUGGUUCUUAAGUUUCCUCCAGGCACAAAUAGCACCUGGUAUAAUGCGCAGUUUAAGGUUUUUGAACCAUUGGAGUACAGUUAUGAUGUUUGCGAUACCAUUCUAUUGUGGGAACAGUACCGUAACAUGACGACAGUGUUGACUAGAGAAUAUCUAGAUGCUCGACCAGAUGGGUGGUUGGACUAUGCGGCAAAAAGGAUUGCACAAUUGGGAGCUGAUAAGUGCUUCAAUCGAACUCUUUGUGAAGAACAUCUUAAGUUGCUUCUACCAACAAAGCCCCCUUUCCAUCCACGGCAGUUUCGCACAUGUGCGGUUGUUGGGAACUCAGGUGAUCUCUUAAAGACAAGGUUUGGGAAAGAAAUUGAUAGUCAUGAUGCUGUUAUUCGAGACAAUGAGGCUCCUGUCAAUGAGAAAUAUGCCAAAUAUGUUGGUCUGAAGAGGGAUUUCCGCCUUGUAGUACGGGGUGCUGCUCGAAACAUGGUUAAGAUUGUCAAUGGAUCUGAUGAUGAGGUACUUAUAAUCAAGAGUGUAACCCAUAGGGAUUUUAAUGCAAUGAUUAAGAGCAUUCCAAAUCCUGUUUAUCUCUUUCAAGGAAUCGUUCUACGUAGGGGUGCGAAAGGAACUGGAAUGAAAUCUAUAGAGCUAGCACUUUCUAUGUGUGACAUUGUUGAUAUAUAUGGUUUCACUGUCGAUCCAGGCUACACUGAAUGGACAAGGUACUUCUCUACACCGAGGAAAGGGCAUAAUCCACUUCAAGGAAGAGCAUACUACCAACUGCUAGAGUGCCUUGGUGUUAUCAGGAUUCAUUCUCCUAUGAGAGCCAAGAGGAAGCAAGACUGGUCAGAUGUGCCAAGUCGAGAAAUGAUAAGCAGAGCUCAUGCAGCUGCCUUGCACUUAAAAAGGGGUGCAGCUGGUCUGUUGGGACAGUUUGAUAGUUGCAAGUUUUGGGGCAACGUGGACCCUGACAAAAGUGGGCCUAUUUCAGGGUCUUCAGACAUGAGUCGGGUUAGGAAACAUUCGAAUUACAGCAAAUGGGAAAUCAUGCCUUUUGAGAGUCUUAGAAAGGAAGCCCAAGAUCAUUAUAACCAAAUGGAAGGUGUUUCUCUGUACAAAAUGGAUGGCAACAAAUUGGACGAUCUGGUAUGCGUGAGGCAUUCCUCAAAAUCUGAGGUAUAAGAAAUGCUACAUGUUGGUGCCCCUUCUGCAUUCUUUGGGGUUUGAUUGGGAGAACCCAUAUCUUAUCACCAGCAAUCAGGUGGCCUUUUUGGACUAGAGAUCUGCCAAGUCGAGAGCUCAUAGUGUUCUCCCAUUUCGAAAAUCUUACAGUAAUCCGAAUGCAUCCCCUGAAGCAGUGUGUUAUAAGUUUCUUGACUCUUAAGUGGGAAAAAGGAACCAUAGAAGACAACUGUGGUCACUGCUCUGACAAACUAUGAUUACAGGUUUUGUUUUGUUCACCUCGCUCUCUAUUUUUCUGAUAUGAAGUGUGUAAUGCUCCUACUAAUUAUAUCAGAAUAUCUCCAUAAAGGCAGCCUUGCAAACUUGAAAUGGUGCAAUUGCCGGGUGUAGUACUAAGUAGGCACUCGAUUCUUGUCAUCAACUUUAACCGGUUUCUUCUUGAUAAUGUAUUAUUUAUGGGGAGCACAGUUAAAACUCGUUCUUCCCAAUUGAAAUUUUUUAUACUGUCA